GCACGAUCGCCACAAUGGUUAUUUAACCUGACGCACGAGGUCCUGAUGUAACUUCCGCAAACAACAUGGCGGCGGUCUUGUGGCGUGCGCGCAGAGGAGUGAUUUGCAGAGUUCUUCCGCCGAGCUGCAGCCAGCAGCGCAGCCUGAACACAGGUCGUGCCCUCCUGCCCCGCCCCCGGCCCCUUCCCCUCCUGUUGGUGACAGGUGGUAGUUACCUUGGUUACCAGCACUACAAGAGGAGGGUCCAACAGGAGGAUGGAGCUCCACCCCCUCUGGCCACGCCCACACAGGUGGCGCUGUACCGCUCCUUCCCGACUCGCCUCCUCUCCCGGGCCUGGGGUCGUCUGAACGGGGUGGAGCUCCCCACCUGGCUCCGAAAACCCAUCUACUCUCUCUACAUCUGGACCUUCGGCGUCAACAUGCGGGAGGCGGCGGUGGAGGACUUGCAUCAUUACAGGAAUCUGGGGGAAUUUUUCCGUCGACGUCUCAAACCUGCGGUCCGACCACUCUGCACCUCCUCCUGCCUGAUCUCUCCAGCUGAUGGAAAGAUCCUCCACUUUGGUCGGGUGAAGAACUCGGAGGUGGAGCAGGUGAAGGGGGUCACCUACAGUCUGGAAAACUUCCUGGGUCCACAGAAGAGGCGGAGCAACGACUCCUCCUCCUCCUCCUCCUCCUUCAGGGACCUCCUCCUUUCCUCUCCUGAUAACGAUCUGUUCCACGUCGUGGUCUACCUGGCUCCAGGGGACUAUCACUGUUUCCAUUCACCCACAGACUGGAGGGUGGAGCUGCGACGUCACUUCCCAGGUGGGAGUCGGUUCACCUGUUCACCUGUUCAUCUAACUGAUUAUAUCAAAAUUUCCUGCGAUUAUUAAACAUAUUUUUUAUAAAUAACUUUGAUGAGUUUGAACAGUUUCUGUUUUCGUCCCCAGGAGCUUCAGACCAAUGCUCCUCGCUACAGUAAAGGCUCCUUCCACGACCGCAGCUACGUUGCCGUCGGCGAUCAGUUGUUGAAGACAGCAGGUGAAGGGGGCGUGGUCUCUGUCGACGUAGAGGGCGUGGUCUUACAGAGGGGGGAGGCGGUAGGGGAGUUUAACCUCGGCUCCACUAUCGUUCUGCUGUUCGAGGCUCCCAAAGAUUUCAGCUUCAGCCUGCAGCCGGGACAGCGAAUCAGAGUGGGGGAGGGGCUCGGCAGCCUCUGAUUGGCUGAGCAGACUCAGGGGGAGGGGCCUGAAAACACAGAUUUUAAGAGUUCAGGAUAUUGUGGGUAAUUUUCUGUGUACGGAAGAUUCGGUGGAGUAUGGGAAAAGGAAGUGUUUAUUUUUUAUGACUCAAACUCCCAGAAUGCCUUGUGCCUCAUGAUGGAAAAGAUGCCAAACCCCCCCCCCUCUCUCUCCCUCUCUCUCUCUCUCUCUUUCUCUCCCUCUCUCUCUCUUUCUCUCCCUCUUUCUCUCUCUCCCCCUCUCUUUCUCUUUCUCCCCCCCCUCUCUCUCUCUCUCUCUCUCUCUGUUUUCUAUGCUGUUUCUAUGUUUCUCGCCCAGAAACUGAACAAACUAACCAUUCCUUUAAAAUCACCAAAAAAAACAUUCAAAUUGUAUUUAACAAACACUACAAAGUAAAUAAGGUUUUUCAUACACCUAAAAUUAAUUUCGUCGGAUGUUCAAAAUCAAAUUUACGCAAAGUGAAAUAAAAUUUUUUGUCCGUCCGCUGAAACGGUUUGAAUGUUUGAAGCUUUAUUGUUCAUCUGUUGUUAAAAGUUUGUUUCUGUUUAUGUUUUUGACUCCGUCGAACCAAUCAGAGCAGUAGGAGCUGUUAGCUAGCGCACAAAUCUGAAGCAGCCGGUUGGUGGAGAGCCAUCAGGAUCUUUGUGAUAGGUCAGAAAACAAGAAAAAUUCAUAUUAAUUAAUUUGUCCCCUAGUAUCAUUUUUCUUCCAUUCUUGUUAUUAUAUUGUUCAACUUCUCUACUUUUGUCAAAUAUGUAAUUAUGAAUAAAUAUUUUUACUCAUA